CACACUUGCAGCAUAAACCGUGCGUAGAAGAGGAGGGAAAAUAAAAGGAAAGCGAAGCCAAAGAGGCCAAGAGAGAGAAAGGGAAAGACAGAUUUAGAGAGAGAAAGAGAGAGAGAGAGGGUUACUGAGUGGGAUCGCCGAGUUGGGGCGUGUGUGUGUGUGACCGACCCACACCAAGAAGAAAAAAAAAAAAAAAAAACACAGGGUGUGUUUGGAUUUGGGGUGUGGAAUUAGCAAAAAAUGGUGAACAAGAAGAUUAUUAGAGGUCCUCUUCUCCUAUACCUUCUCUUUCUCUCUCCUUCUGUCUCCCGUAUUCCUAUUAUCAUUCUUUACCCAAGCCUCUCUAACCCUAAACUCUCUAUCUCUAUCUCUGUACACGCCAAUACCAAACACAGCCGUAUUUUUCUCGCACCCAACUUGAUAAAAGUCUUUGUCUUUCUCUUUCUCUAUUCAAUUGCUCUCUUCUCUUGCUGCCGUGGCUUUGGUUUCUCAUCUGGGCUCUUUUGGGUUUCUUCUUUGUUGCAAUUGAAGACGAAGAAGAAGCAUUUUGGAAGUUGCUGGAGUACUUUGUUAUUAUUGCUAUUUUCCAUCUCAUCCCCUUUGAAGUAGCAGCAUUACAAGAAGUGAGCAAUAACGACAUUUCCUUUCAUGGAUGAGUUUGGUGGUUCUCGGUAUAAUGGUAUCAGCAAUCCUGUAAGGAAGAAAAGGACUCAAACUUAUCGCCGACCUCGGCCUGAUUCACAGCCACUGGAUGAAGGUCAUGAUAAUUCACCCUUAUCUUCUACACCACCUUCAGAUGAUUUAAGCAAGGUCUCUAGUGAAGAGAAUGCUAGUGGAGAUACUAAUUCUAGGAGGAAAGAAUUAAAUCUUAAUCAAUGUGUGUCAAAGUUUCCUUCUGCUGCUGGGACUGAAAGCGAAAAACUCUAUGAAAAGAAUAAAAAAGAUGGAGGAUUCAAUGCAUUUUACAAUAAGAUGUCGGGCCGAAGUGGGUUUAAUAACAGACGUAGUAGUGAAGGUGUCCUUGCCCCUGCUAACUGGAAAAACAGUAGCAAGUUGAAGGAUGGGUUUGAAUCAGAGCCAAGAAAUGUGGACAUAUAUGGUGGGAGGAAUGGUGAAAGUCUGAGUUCAGGGCAGGCGGGAGUCUCACUAGAUGGAUCAGGAAAUGAGAACAAGGUUAAAAAGGUUAAGCUUAAGGUUUGUGGUGUCACACGAACAAUUCAAGCCAACACCGCUUCUAAUGGUGCAGUAGGAGGUGGGUCUUCUUCAAAGAGUUCUCGAUCCUCAGAUGUCUCAAGGCUGCGCCAGAAACAGAAUCUUCAGGAAAAUUCAGACGAUAACCACUCUCCCCUAGUUAAGAGGAGUGGCUUACAAGGAAUUCCAUGGAAGGAUUUCUCUAGAGGUGGUUUUAGUCUUGUGAAGGAAGAGUCUUUGACGGGGAAGCAGUCUGGAAAGAGUGCAUCUGGUAAGCAAGGAGACAAAUUUGAACCAGUUCGUAAGAGCAGGCGGGUCCCUAAGAGGCGUGUACUUGACACAGAAUUUGGUGAUGAUGAGGAGGAUGAUGAGAUUCGGUACCUGGAGAAGCUUAAAACUUCGAAGUCUAAGACUGGAACUAAAGAAGACAACGAAGAAUCAAGCAAGAAACACCAGAAAUUUUCUAGGGUAUCUAAUAUGGAAAAUGGUGGGUCAUCAAGGUUAGGCAAAGAUGUUAAGAGGUCCAGAUCAGAUAGAGUAUCUGAGGACACAGAUUAUGAGGAAGAAGGAGAGUCAGGAUCUGAUGGUGAACUUGAUGGUAACAAAAAGAAGAAGCAGAGAAAGGAAUCUGUGGAUUCUUUAAUGGAUAAUAAGAGGGAAAUGACUCUCACAACACGUCAACGGGCCCUUCAGUCAAGCAGAGAUGCAACACCUGGUACAAGUUUAAUUGAGUUUCCAAAUGGACUGCCUCCUGCCCCACCAAGAAGGCAAAAGGAGAAACUUUCAGAAUUAGAGCAACAGCUAAAGAAAUCUGAGGCUGCUCAAAGACGUAGGAUGCAGGUCGAGAAAGCUGCUCGGGAAUCUGAGGCUGAGGCUAUCAGAAAAAUUCUUGGUCAAGAAUCUAGCCGGAAAAAGCAGGAAGAUAAAUUGAAGAAGCGUCGCGAAGAAUUGGCACAGGAGAGGGCUGCCAAUGCUUUGACGAUUGCAUCUAACACCGUUAGAUUGAUAAUGGGUCCUACUGGGACUACAGUGACAUUUUCUGAGGAUAUUGGUCUCCCUAGCAUAUUUGACUCCAAACCCAAAAGUUAUCCUCCUCCGCGCGAAAACUGCGCUGGUCCAUCUUGUACUAAUCCAUACAAGUAUCGAGAUUCGAAGUCUCAGCUUCCUCUUUGUAGUCUCCAGUGCUACAAGGCAGUUCAGGAAAAGAUGCUGCCUGCAACUCCCUGCUAAUGCUGCGGAGUACAUUGCUCUAGCCUGUAUGCAGCAUGCAGGAACCCAUGCACCUGUAUAUUAGUAUAUCUUGUAUUCGGAGAUUGGUGAAAGAUCAUAUUUUUGAGCUUGAUGUAGAGAGGGAAAUUCAGAUUACAAAGUAUGUUUUGUUCACUUGCUGUAUUUAUACAGCUUUAUAAUUCAUAGCAACCAUUUUUCA